AUGCCUGAAGUGUAAAGAAAAUCCAAGAUCACAGCCUCCCGCAAACUCAUGCUGAAGAGUCUGAUGCUGGCCAAGGCCAAAGAGUGCUGGGAGCAAGAGCAUGAGGAACGGGAGGCCGAGAAGGCUCGCUACCUGGCAGAGCGCAUCCCAUCGCUACAGACCCGAGGCCUGUCCCUCAGUGCCCUGCAGGAGCUGUGCCGAGAGCUGCACGCCAAGGUGGAGGUGGUGGAUGAGGAGAGAUACGACAUCGAGGCCAAAUGUCUCCACAACACCAGGGAGAUUAAGGACCUGAAGCUGAAGGUGCUGGACCUCCGAGGGAAGUUCAAACGCCCGCCCCUGCGUCGGGUCCGAGUCUCAGCUGACGCCAUGCUCCGGGCGCUAUUGGGCUCCAAGCACAAGGUGUCCAUGGAUUUGCGGGCAAAUCUCAAGUCUGUGAAGAAGGAAGACACGGAGAAGGAGCGACCGGUCGAGGUGGGUGACUGGCGGAAGAACGUGGAGGCUAUGUCUGGAAUGGAAGGCCGGAAGAAGAUGUUUGAUGCCGCCAAAUCUCCUACCUCACAGUAA